AUGUCUUCUAUAUUAACAACACUUCCAGAUUAUGCAGUCUUGAAAAAGAAUGGAUUUGUAGAAUGUAAAAUUUGUAAUAAAAGUGACAUCCGAGAAAAAUUAUGGAUAUCUCAUGUUAAGGGUGCUGAACAUAAGAAAUCAAUAUUAAAACUUAAAAAUUUAAAGAAAAUUGGAGAUAAAAGACCUCACGAUGGAGGGGAUGAUAAUGUUGUUAAAAAAUCAAAAAAUGAAGAAGUAAUAAUAGAUAAUGUUUCAAAAAAUGAUAGUAAUGUUUCUGAUUUACCAUCAGAUUUUUUUGAGGUGCCUUCAGCUAAACCAACAUUAACAAUUUCUCAUAAUGAUAAUAAAACAAUUGAAGAUGAGGAAGAAAAAAGUAAGAGAGAAAAUUACCUGGCUAAUUAUGAUAGUAUAAUGGAGGAAUUUGAGGAAGAAUUAAAAAAAGAUUCAAUAAAUUAUAAGGAUGUUGAUGAAGAAAUAGAAGAGGCAUUGGAGAGAAAAGACGAGGAUGACAUUGAAGAAAUUCUGGGUGAUGCCAUAAAUACUGGUACAGAAGAAGAAAUGAUGAAAGUUUGGAAGGAACAUGAGGAAAUAGAAAUUAAAAUAGAAGAGAGUCGGAGGAAGAAUGAUACUCAAGAGAAAGAAGAAGAAGACGAUAAUGAUAAUGAGUGUAAUUGGGAUGAAGAAGAUUUUAAAGAAUCUAAAGGAGUAUUGAUGUGUGAUGGUAAACCAGCUUCAGGUGUUUUAGUUAAAUUAUGGGAUGAGGAUGACACUCCUGGUGAUAGUGAUGAUUUAUUAGGAUCAGCUAAAACAAAUUCUAAAGGAGAAUUUGAAGUCAAAGGUCAUACAGAUGAAUUUACACCAAUUGAUGUCAAAUUAAACAUCUAUCAUGACUGUAAUGAUGGUUUCAAGCCAUGUCAAAGAAAAUUUACAAUUAAAAUUCCCGGAAGUUAUAUAACUAAAGCAAAAACCCCAUCUAAAAUAUUUGAUGCUGGUACUAUACAGUUGUCUGGUAAAUUUCCAGGUGAAACAAGAGAUUGUUUACAUUAA